ACUGUUGUGAUGCGUUCAGGGCCGACGCCAUUUCGUGUUCGCUGGUUUCAAGGUGAAACACCGCGGAGCCUCGAUCGGAGCCGUUUCAAGUAAAAACACCGUUUUACUCAUUUUUAAAAAUAAGCUCCUGUUUUUGAAGCCACUUUUUUGAACAGCGGCAAAUCAGUCAGACAGGCAGGCAGACCUCCUCCGACCCCAGACGAUGGAUUGCUCGUCGUCCUCCACCUCCAGCUCGAUGGCCAGCAGCAACGUGACCAACAAGACCGACCCCCGCUCCCUCAACUCCCGCGUCUUCAUCGGCAACCUCAACACCCUGCUGGUCACCAAGGAAGAUGUGGAGGCCAUCUUCUCCAAGUACGGCAAGAUCGUCGGCUGCUCCGUGCACAAGGGCUACGCCUUCGUCCAGUACUCCAACGAGAGGAACGCCCGCACCGCCGUGGUCAGCGAGGACGGCCGCAUGAUUGUGGGACAGGUCCUGGACAUUAACCUGGCCGGCGAGCCGAAGCCGCACAGAUCGAAGACGCUGAAGCGUUCCGCAGGAGACAUGUACAGCUCAUCUUUUGAUCUGGACUACGACUUUCAGAGAGAUUACUAUGACCGGAUGUACUCCUACCAGUCCCGGGUGCCUCCUCCCCCACCGCCCCUGUCCCGCGCCAUCAUCCCCUCAAAGCGUCCCAGGGUCAGUCUGAGCGGAGGAGGAAGCCGACGAACCAAAACCAGCUUCUCGUCCUCGUCCAAAAGCAGCCAGAGGACGUCACGUACAAUGAGGGCAGAUGAUCUGCAGACGAUCAAGAGGGAGCUGACACAGAUCAAACUCAAGGUGGACUACCUGCUGGAGAGCUUAGAGCACAUGGAGAAGGACCACAGCAAGAAGUCUGAGAUGAAGAGCUGCAAACCAGAGCCGGGCGAACUGUCCCCGCUCCACUCGUCCACCUCCAGCAAGAAGGACGACAGGAUGAAACGGGACAGAGAGCUGAACGACUCCGAGGACGAGGGAGACCUGCUGGAGGACGAAGAUGAGAUGAAAAGCAGAGGAAGGGACGAGGAUGAGGACGAGGAGGAGGAGGGCGAGCAGGAGGAAGGAGAGGACGAUGGCGACAGCGCCAACGGAGACGAGCCCUAAACUCGACAGACACACAUGCGCAGAACCGACGUGAUUGUGUUUCCACACCAGACGCGGUGUCAUGUGCUCAUAUCUGCUGAACUGACUUGACAUUAGUACAUUUGUAUUCGCUCUGUCACACAGAUACACAAACUCAUUCACACUGUGUGUCCAUUGCUUCUUUCUGGAUUUCUUCCUUUUUAUUUUGGAUGUUUCUUUGAAUUUUAUAGACUUUUCUGACACUGGAUAAAAACAUCACACUAAGAAUGAUGAGGAUUCAUGUAAUGUAUCGUACGUUUGAACUCGGGGCUUUGAGCCGCUUCACUACAUAAACAACAGAGAGAAAAAA